CUCGAGUCCGUGCGAGUGCGUUUUCUCAGCUUUUCCGUGUCACGGUGUCGCGAGCGCGUCUGUCGUCGACGCUCGCGGUGUCCGUCGGGUUUUAUCUAAUCGCUGGAAGAAAAUUAAAUUCCGCGAGUGUGCGAGCACCGGUCGCGAGUGAUCGGUCGAGCGUGCGUGGCGUGCGCGAGAGAUCGGAACGGUCGCCCGGGUCCGUGGAACGAGGAAGAGAGGCGACUAUCCACGGUACGAGACAGAGACAGCGAGAACGAUGGGGCGAGCGAGAGGGAGUCGGUGAGAGAGAGAGAGGAACGACAAACGGCAGGAGAGAGACGAGGCUAGAAGUGUGUCGGGGCACUUCGUCGAGGAAGGAGCAGGGAAAUCUUCCUUUUCCUCUUCGUACGGCCUGGAUCGAAGGGUCAGAGGGGUUGCGGGUGGGCGGGGUGCCCGAAAAGCGAGAAGACAGCCACGAGAAGGAAGAGGUAAUUCGGCAACGCAGGGUGUACGAGCCGUGUGGCUCGCCGUGAGAGGAGUAUCGUGUCGACGAACGAUAGUGCGAGAAGGAGACAGUGCGGUGCCGUGUAAACAUACAUCCUAUUGCCGUGAGUGCGUGCGCGAGUGGCAAUCAACGACGACUUAACGUCGCCGUCGUCGUCGUCGUCGUCGUCGUAGAUUUUGUUUGAGGCCUGUACUCGUCGGCGUGCGUCCACGUUCGAGGAACGGAAGAGGACCAAACGUGCGAGAAAUCGGCCGAGCAACGGGUCUCAGGUGCCGUGCAUCAAUCAUCGCGGCGUCCGGGCACGCGUAUGAACCUUUAUCACAAAUGACAGUCCAUCGGACGAGAGGCCAAGUCAGCCGCUGGCUGGAUUCGUUUGUCUAGCGGGCAGAGCGGGGACCCGAGAUGCAUCGGAGGGUGGGAUACAGCAACUACGAUGGCAAGAUCGCCGGCCUCUACGACCUGGAGGAGACACUCGGCCGGGGUCACUUCGCCGUCGUGAAGCUGGCACGGCAUGUUUUCACCGGCGAGAAGGUCGCUGUGAAGGUCAUCGACAAGAGCAAACUCGACGAGGUCUCGAGAGCGCACCUCUUCCAGGAGGUGAGAUGCAUGAAGCUGGUGCAACAUCCGAACGUGGUCAGGCUUUACGAGGUGAUAGACACCCAGACGAAGCUCUACCUGAUCCUGGAGCUCGGCGAUGGUGGUGAUCUCUACGAUUACAUUAUGCGACACGACAGCGGCCUCAGCGAGGAGGUGGCCAGAACGUACUUCCGGCAAAUAGUCAGGGCCAUAUCGUAUUGCCAUCGAUUACACGUGGUGCACAGGGACCUGAAACCCGAGAACGUGGUGUUCUUCGAGAAAGUCGGCACCGUUAAGCUCACCGACUUCGGGUUCAGCAAUAGGUUCUGUCCCGGCCAAAAGCUCGAAACUUCCUGCGGAUCUCUGGCGUACUCGGCGCCGGAAAUUCUGCUCGGCGAUAGCUACGACGCUCCUGCUGUCGAUGUUUGGUCCCUGGGUGUAAUUUUGUACAUGUUGGUAUGCGGCCAAGCGCCCUUCCAAGAGGCAAACGAUAGCGAGACCCUAACGAUGAUCAUGGACUGCAAGUACUCGAUACCGCCUCACGUUUCGGACGGCUGCAAACGUCUGAUCGCGAAGAUGCUCGUCAGGGAACCAGAUCGCAGAGCGACGCUCGAGGAAAUAGCGGCUGACUCUUGGCUGGCGAUCGGAACAGACUCCGAUCCCGUGGAAGCGUUGCCCCUCGUGUCCAGGCAACAAGUCUCCGACGAUCACCAUAAUCAUAUAAUCACUAAAAUGGUUAAUGGUAACAUCGCCACCAAAGAAGAAAUACUGGACGCCCUCGACAGAAAUGACUACAAUCACAUAACGGCAACGUAUUUCUUGCUAGCCGAAAGGAAAUUGCGGGCUCAUCGUCAAGAGCAGAUGCAGACGACUCGUCCCGAGAUCCUUGCUGUCACAGCAAGCCGGCCAGACGACCCCACAGCGAAGCUGCGUGCCGACCAAAACUUAUUGAGCGCAGUCAACCAGUCGUUGUUGAGCGUCCCGCGAACGCCGGGUGAGGUGCCACAAAACAUCCGGACGCGGAAAUGCAGCAUCGUCCAGGAGGAAGAGGACGAGGACGACGUGUCAUCGUGUUCGGGUCGAGACGAGCACGGCAGCAAUUCCGCGUUGAACUCGUUGAAUCGACGCGGUUCUAGGUCCGAGGGUAAGCUCUCGCACAUCCUGCAAGACAGGUUGGCGCAACUGCCGGAGAAACCGAUUCUGAAGCCCCUGCAACCCCAACGGAGCACGCAGAAGGACAGCAAUAUCGUGCCUGUAAUCACCGACGUGGAGGAAAGACUGAAGUCUAGUCCGAACAGUGGAAACGUUAAUGAUUCCUCGGCGUUCGUUCUUCAGAAUGCACCGAGCAGGCCGCAGACGGGCAAUCUGCUCGCGGAGAAGGUGCCUGCAGCGACCAAGUUCGAUUUCACGUGCCAGGAGAACCUGAAGAAUCGUCUGGGGGAUACGUCGCAGGGUGGUGGUUGGGCCAGGAAGCAGACCUCCACGGAGAACAGGCCAAAGUCGGUAACGGAGUGCUUGAAGGCGGUGGGUCCUGUGCCGGCCAACAAGUGGAGAAUGGGAACGCAGCAUCGAUCCGUCGCCGCGUCUUUAGACUCUGCUUUAACGUCGACCGCGUUAAAACCCUCUGACGUUAGCGCGCCGACGACCACCAUCUUGACCGAGUCGUCCACGGUGUCGAUUCCGCUUCAUCCGGUGGGCGCGUUGGGCGACAAUCAGUUGUCGUUGACGCCCAAGUACAAAACCAUGCCGUCGCCCGGGAGUACCGGCUCGGCGUCGUCGCCUCAGUUAACGUUGAACGAGAUCCUGGAGGACGGGGACGCGAUGCCGGUGCCCACCGCAGAGUCCGGGAACUCCAAGUGUCGCGUGGUCAGGCGGAUAGCGUACGAGCAGCGGAGAAGCAAGUUCCACAAGACGCGCACUACCUCUUGCUCGAGCUCUGACGCCAGUGACGACGACAGCGAGAGCAGAAAGAAGAGGGCGCACAAGCUGGGCGCCUCCACGGGGAAACCGUUGCCCUCCAGGCGCGACAGCCACGACGACUCCAGCGAUUCUCAGGAUCCAGGAGGUAGCGGCGGGGGCGGAGGUGGCGUGGGCAACGGGGAACACACGACGGAGACCCCGUCGAACGAGACGAUUCAAAACGACAGCGGAAACAGCACCAGUACGACAACCACGACCACCACGACGACGGGCGGGAGGCACCGAUGCGCCGAAAAUCAGGUUAUAUUCGGCAGGAGGCAUCGCGCUGGCCGAAGAAGAGCGGGCGAGACGCGACUACGGGAGAGCCAGUCGUUGAAUCGCAUCACCGAGGUCCAGGAGGCCGAGGGACCCUCGUCGUUGCACAACCACUGCCACGUGUCGCGGAACUCGGCGGUCCUCGGGGUGCAGAGCAUGUCCUCGUCGUCCUCGUCGGUGUCGCAGAGCAGCACCGGCUCGCACGGCGUGGCCCCGCCGUCGUCUCAAGCGACCACCACGGUCCAGAAGGCGAAAGGUUUCGGCGCGAGGUUCCUGCAGAGCUGGUCGCUCAGCUCCGGCAAGUCCUCGUCCGUGUCGCAGUCCGCGAACAGGCAGAACAACUGCAACCCCAACGGGAAAUGCAACAAGCAGGAUAAGCAGCGGGACGCGUGUCAGAGAAUCGAGAUCUGCCGCGACGACCAACGCAAAGAUCUGAACGGUAGCUCGGUCAACCAGACACCGUCCAACGACAAGGAGAACAGAAACGGUUCGAUGAACCGAAACGACUGCAAGAACAGGAAGUUACGGCUGCUGAGCCGUUACUUCGCCGUGCACAAAAAGCUAUGCGUCCCGUUGCCGGGCCUGUUCGGCAAAGGGCGUCUUUACAAGGCUCGAUCCUGCAGCAGCAUCACCCGCGAUCGCGUCAGCCCGCCGUCCCCCAAGUCGAUGCUCUUCUGCACGGCCGCUGACGACAAAUGGCGGGAUCGUGGUCAAUGGUGCGACGCGAAGCAACAUCGCGGCAGCGACGGCGACAUCAAUCAGAACCUGGGUCUGUCGCACCUGGUGCAGGAGACCGUCGUAGGUAAGGGCUGCACCGCGUUGCCCACCGUCUGCCACAUUCACCUGGGCGAUGCCUCCACGUGUUGCAACCUCUGUUGAUGAACCGAGCUGACCGAUAUGCAAACGAUGAAAGAUAUAUAUACACGUAUAUAUACGCACCGUGCAUUGGUCGCGUUCCGACCGUCUGCCGACGAGCGUUCCUUUUCCCGCGAUGGCUAACGAUUACCGGCGACUCGAGGAGGACAACGGCGCAGAGAGACACGCGGUUACCACGAAGUGCAAUCUAUUUUCUAAUAACACCGCGACGGGCAAACGUUCCCGGAUCUUACGAGAAUCACGAUUGCGUGGUAAUCGUUAACCGCGACCUCAGUGAUCGCGCGACAAUACGUCGAUGGUCAUAUGUAUUCAACCGAUUCAUGCCCCCCCCUCCCAACCCAAACCCAACCCCAAACCCACCCCCGCAUCCUCCCGUGCGCCUUGAAUGAUGCGUGCCGACGAGCACAAGGGUCGAGUCAAGAGGGAGAGCGUAUCGAUCGAUCGGUCGCUCUGCGGGAUGUGUAUCUAGUCCGUGUGAACAAACCUAUAUUGAAUAUUGCAGAGUUUAUUAUUAUUAUUAAUAUUAUUAUUAUUGUCAUUAUUUUAAACGUACGACGCGUAGACAUCGAUCGCGGAGUCGCAACGCAACCGAGUCAUCCGGCGUUCGCGGAGUCGCAACGCAACCGAGUCAUCCGGCGUUCGCGGACAUUGAAGUAUCUCGCAACCUUGGACGGUCUUCCUCUCGUUGUCCCCCCUUAUUUAUCUAUUUGCCGUCGUCUAACUAGAUUGCGAUCAACGUACUAUUUUCCUACGUAGCGACGCCCCCGUUGAGUGUUCGUGGCGAUUCCAAACGAAACACGAGCGACAUCGAAUUUAUAUAAACGCCGAUUAGUUAAGCGCACGUAUAUAUCGUCUCGAUGGGAAGAAACGGCAGUGGUGCUACACGCGAAUAACCGCCACCCGUAGAGAAACGUCGACUCUUCCGGGAGAAGGUCGCGCAACUUUGAAACGUGCUUCGGAGAUCACGACGAUCUGGACAGUCUGCAGACCUACGUGGUCCCGGCGAACAGUGGUCUCGGAAGGAGGUCGAGGAACACCGGAAACAGUGCAGACUACCGAUGGAAUCUACGAGCGGGAGACAGGAAGUGGCUAGUAAACUCCUGCAUUUCUUUUCUCGAGGAUCACCAUUGGCAGCGAGCGUCCGCGCGCUUGCCGGCUGAGCGCGCGAUCCUCGAACGGGCAGCUCGUCAUCGUCAUCGUCGUUGCACGCGCGAAUCACGCGACUCCAUUGGAGAACGCGACAAGGUCGUAACCUGGACACGUUCCGCGACGUUGAGAACGCUAUUAUAUCCAUGACAAAUCUCAGCCGUCGGCGUCUCGAACAGGAUGCAUCGUGGAGGUUCCAGAAUCCCCGGGACUCGUCUGCCACGAUCCCCCCUCCCCCUCUCCCCCUCCCGGGAAAUUGAAUGCAGGUCAUUCAGAACUCUCGCUGAAAAUCCAACGGAUGCGCGUGCUCGCGUUUUGCAAACCCGUUUUUUCACCCUACUUUUUAUAUGGAUAUUACGUGACGGAUUGGUGCAGGAUUUGAAGGUCGAAACCUUGGCCGAUCGCUUGUCUGUUGGUGGGCGAAGCUGUCGAGGGGACCACACGUCGUGUUGCGCGUCGAUUUAGCGUGGUGAAACGAGUGGUAUCGUUUAGGUUUAUAGCGUAGCUGGAGGGUGUCAUCUAAUACUGUAAAACAAGACUAUGGAGCAAGGACUAAGUGCUAUUUGUGUUCCAUUUGAUCAUUUGCUCGGAUACUUUGUAGUUUAGAGGAUUCGUUAGAGCCUACUUUAUUUUCGUAGAGUAUUUCUCGUUGCGUCGAAACGUUUCGAUCGGUUGACGUUAAUUUUUAUUUCACGAUCCAGUUUCUACCCUUUCUGUCUCGAAUUAAUUAUUUUAAGGAAACUAUUCUACGUAAAAAUACUAGUGCAAUAAGAGUACGAACAUAUAAAUUUAUUAAAAAGUACAAAAUAUUAUACGAUGCUACAUAGCAUUAUUAAGGGUAUUUUAUGAAAAAUAUAAGGAGUUCAGAAUUAAAAAUAAAAAUAUAGAUAUUGUGUUUUUUUUUUUAUUUCUAGUACGGAUUGAAAUUAAAAAUAAAAUAAGAUAUGUACUUCCACGUUUCUAAUAUACGCACGCACCGAUGCAAGGCAAUUAAUAUCGCUGCCAUCUUGUUUUCAACUGUUGUGCGGUAUAACAAUUUGCACAUUAUAUAUUAACUACCAAUGCUAUGAGCAGAAACAACUUAACUUGCCAAACGUCGCUAUUUAUCGUAUCUUCAAAUGUUAAUUAUGCCAAAUGGAAUCAUUGGGGUGUAUAUAUGAAAUUAUGAGGCUUAAAGUAGAAUGUGAAGUCAUUGGGACAGAAGGAGUUGAGCAAUAAAGAUAAUAAUUCGAUACUGACUUGUCAAGUAUUUAUGACAUUAAUCGAGUAUUUAUGCGUUUUCUUUUCAAACGAUUAAAAAGAAGAGAUUAGUUUAAAUGCCAAACAAAUGGUUGUGUAAUAUUAUUUCUUAUAUAUUUUCAGACAAAGUGCGUGCGUUUCUUUCAUAAAUUGUUUAAAUUUACCACGCGUGUAAAUCAUGUUUUACAUAUCCUUCGGUUGACAGGAACUAUGUACUCUGUAAACAAUACUUAACUCGAGCCCCAUUGACCUGUAAUAUAUGUAUAACAGGAUUCUUCGAGGCUGGUUUUUUGUCUUGUACUGCAAUUAUUAGCCAACGUAUCUUUAUGUUAAACUUGCUUUAUGGUACAAAAAUCUGUAUCAUUAUUUCACUCGAAGGAAUAUCGAUAAUAUAAGUAUUUGACGAACCAGUGGGGAAUUAAAAUCUAUAUUGUUUAGUAUUUAAUACACUGUUUGAGUGUCCGAGUAAAUGGUCCAACGGGGAUGGAAUAAUUUUCGGUUCUCUAUCUGCAAGUCACGAUUAAAUCGAUGCGUAAUUGUGUGGUCUCGUAACUAUUGUUGUUCGAUUUCGACUGACGACGUACAAGAAAACGGUUAAUAUUGACUUUAUGAAAAGCGAAUACUAUGGUGCGCUUUAGAAUUUCUAUUUUAUUCGUAUCUUAAAGAGUAUGGUCUGACGUUUCGAAACGAAAAAGGAUUUAUCGUACGGAAUCGGCGAUCGGGCUGGCGGCAAUAAUUAAAAGAAAGCGCUUCGACCUUCAAUUUUUGACUGUUCCCUCCACGAAGCCGAUAUUUCAUAUCCCUCGAGUAGCCCCGAGAACGUUUGUAUGUACCUAACACGCCGAGUGUACAAAUCAAUGCGUAAAUUGUAUGUACCGAGCCACGCGGUUUAUAGCGUAAUACAACAAUUUAUUUAUUAUACAUCCCAGAAUGACGAUCUUUUUCAAUCGUCACCGCGGACGAUCCUCGAAUUGCCCCUAAUUUCUCUUUCGUUUCCCUUCUGUUAUCGUCGGGGGACGAAUUGCGUUGGUUUCCGCGACAAAGACUGAGCAAAUUGUACAAUAAACUCCGAUCGCUUGGAUGCCUUGCGUCGCACGAUGACGAUGACUUGACGAGACCAAAAAAAAAACAUUGCACACGAACGACAACUGCUACAAGCCGCGCCGUUGAGAAAUAAAAAAAAAUCGCCUCGUCUCGGUUGAACCGUCGAUUCGAAGAGUAAAACGAUGUGGAUCGCGACCAAGGUGCAAACGGGCAUUAACACUUCCGUUCGAUAGAAAUUUACGGAGAGAGAGAGUGAGAGAGAGCCACAAGCCAUGACGCCGCGAAUCUCGCUAUUUAGCUAAAAGCUGCACGGAACCAGCGACCGUGGUUCGUUGUCGGGCAUUAAAGUAUCGCAAGUAGAAAGAAAGAUUCCAUUCAGGACUGAUCUUUCCUUCUCUGACUCUAUACACGGUCGCGAAGACAACACUUUCCUGUCGGCGGUUCCGAGAUCACACGAGGCCCGUGUUCACCACUGUUUUCUUAUACGAUUAGAAGUACCAUUUCGGCAGGGAAGAUAAUUUCGAACACUUUGAAUGUACCGCCAGCAGCUGCAGACCCAAACCUCUAGCGUUUGCAUCCGUUACGAUCCUGCAAACCGGGACCCCCAUCGUUGAUCCCGGCGGGACAAACUAUCUACGAUAAAUAAGAGAUAUUUUUCGUGUUGUAAAUCGAAUCCAUUAGGGGCCGAUCUCGUUCGUCCCCCCCCCCACCCGCGUGUGGACGUCGUAAUUAAACGAAGAUCGAGUUAAAGGAUCGCAAUUGCGCCUAUCGUACCCUCAGAACUGCUUCGCGAAGUGAAGCGCUGUUUUACGCUAACUCAUGUUCGCUAGUCCCGUUGAUGUUGUCGCGACGACAACGCCCACACACGCAUAGUACAAUGUCCCGCGGUAAUUUUUGUAAGCGAAUCUUUUUUCCACCGAACCGACAAGCUGUUGUACACACAUCCAUCGAGCGCCCCCAAACCUGCCACCUGCCUCCCCCGAUCCCCCCAAUGUCUCUCGGUCUUAAAGUGAAAAGGG